GCCAGUCUCGGGCUGCGGCGUCCGGCGCGCGGGCGGCCUGCUGGGCGGGCUGAGGGGCGAGUGGCGGCGCGGGUGAGGCGGAGAGAGACGGAACCGACAAGCAGCUGCUGCGACAGGUCCCGGCUUCGGCUCCUGUCAGCGGUCCCCGACUCGCCCGAGGCCCGGCGCUGGUGACCGCAGCCGCCCAGAGCUGACGGCGCGUGAGCAGCCCCGGCCGCGGGCGGGAGAGAAACUUCGCCUUUCCGGGCCCGGGCAGCCGGAGAAGUCGAGCAGGGGUGAGCCGUGCGCCGGGACGCCGAGGGCGCAAUGGAGCUUCGCUCACCUGGCGGGGGCCCGUGGAGGGUUACCUACUUAUAAAAGACAAUGACUACUGAUGAAGGUGCCAAGAACAAUGGAGAAAGCCCAGCAGCAGCUGUCGCUGCACAUGGAGAGGAUAUUACUGUUAAAAAAGAUAGAGGAGUAUUAAAGAUUGUCAAAAGAGCAGGGAAUAGUGAGGAAUCGCCAAUGAUCGGAGACAAAGUUUAUGUCCAUUACAAAGGAAAAUUGUCAAAUGGAAAGAAGUUUGAUUCCAGUCAUGAUCGAAAUGAACCAUUUGUCUUUAGUCUUGGCAAAGGCCAAGUUAUCAAGGCAUGGGACAUUGGAGUGGCUACCAUGAAGAAAGGAGAGAUGUGCCAUUUACUGUGCAAACCAGAAUAUGCAUAUGGCUCCGCUGGCAGUGUCCCCAAAAUUCCCUCAAAUGCAACUCUCUUUUUUGAGAUUGAGCUCCUUGAUUUCAAAGGGGAGGAUUUAUUUGAAGAUGGAGGCAUUAUCCGAAGAAUCAAACAGAAAGGAGAAGGAUAUUCAUACCCAAAUGAAGGAGCCACAGUAGAAGUCCACCUAGAAGGCCGCUGUGGUGAAAGGAUGUUUGAUUGCCGAGAUGUGGUGUUCAUUGUUGGCGAAGGAGAAGACCACGACAUUCCGAUCGGAAUUGACAAAGCCCUGGAGAAAAUGCAGCGGGAAGAGCAGUGUAUUUUACAUCUUGGCCCACGAUAUGGUUUUGGAGAGGCAGGGAAGCCUAAAUUUGGCAUUGAACCUAAUGCUGAGCUAUUAUAUGAAGUUACACUUAAGAGCUUCGAAAAGGCCAAAGAAUCCUGGGAGAUGGAUACCAAAGAAAAAUUGGAGCAGGCUGCCAUUGUCAAACAGAAGGGAACUGUGUACUUCAAGGGAGGCAAGUAUCUGCAGGCGGUGAUUCAGUAUGGGAAGAUAGUGUCCUGGUUGGAGAUGGAAUAUGGCUUAUCAGAAAAGGAAUCUAAAGCCUCGGAAUCAUUCCUGCUCGCUGCCUUCCUGAACCUGGCCAUGUGCUACCUGAAGCUCAGAGAAUACGGCAAGGCCGUGGAGUGCUGUGACAAGGCCCUUGGACUGGACAGUGCCAAUGAGAAGGGCUUGUACAGGAGGGGUGAAGCCCAGCUGCUCAUGAACGAGUUUGAGUCAGCCAAGGGCGACUUUGAGAAAGUGCUGGAAGUAAAUCCCCAGAAUAAGGCCGCAAGGCUGCAGAUCUCCAUGUGCCAGAAAAAGGCCAAGGAGCACAACGAUCGGGACCGCAGAAUAUACGCCAACAUGUUCAAGAAGUUUGCAGAGCAGGAUGCAAAGGAAGAGGCCAGUAAAGCAAUGGGCAAGAAGACUUUAGGAGGUGUCACCAACAAGAAAGAAACAGAACGCCGAGCAACGGAAGAGAAAGCUGAAAGCCGCGUAUGACACCACGCCAAGGAGGGGAGAGUCCUAAUGAACUCGGCCCCUCCUCCGAGGGCUUCACCCAACUCAGGACUGAACAGCGUUUAAUGUCAAGUUUGUUAUAGUCUAUGUGAUUCUGGAAGCAAACGGCAAAACCAGUAGCUUCCCCCAAACCACACUCUGCUGCUGCCCAGUGCUGUCAUUAAGGGGUGGUGUGCGACCACUCCAGGUGGAACCGAAGUGACUGUUGGUGUGGCCACAUGACGCCAACAGCUUAAGUCCAGCUCAUUUCAGUUUAUGUCAACUUUCAAUAUCCAAUUCAGGGUCCCUUGAGAUAAUCCUAACAAUUUGGGGCUGUCUGUUAGGUUUUAUAUUUGAUUGAAUUUUAAUAGCACUUCAGAAACCUAAAAAUAAAUGCUUAAUGAAUUUCUCCUUUCCUACAGCUGGAUGGGGGAGAGGAGAAGGAGAUUUUGUUUUUAAAAUAACUGAAGUGCUAUGAAUGCAACUUGUUGUAUUUUUAACCAAUAGCACCCACAGCAGAGGGGUCCGGCACCCCCUCAGCUCCACAGCAGUGUCACAGAAUUGAAAGCCAGAACCUCAGAGGCGACUUGCUUGCUGACAUAGUCAAACUCCCUCCUUAGUGAGAGUGGGUUUCUGCCACACCCAGCCUGUCCCUAAGGAGGAAUUCUGUCAUUCCUAAAACACUCAGCAAUGACAGUGAGCAGAGGGAGUUUCCGGAUUAGCUGUCCCUGUUUUGAAUGAAGUUCUGAGAUGCUGAAAUGUGAAAAGAGCAACCAGGAUUGUGCUUUUUUUUUCCUUCCUCUCUUCCUUUUAGGAAAUAAUGUUGAGUGUAGGACUGCCUGCUAGCAUUGCAAUCGUUCAGUUUCUUGUUUCCAUUCUAACCCCUGCUAUUAAGAAUUUAAGAUUUGUUCUUAUAAUAUCUCUGACCUGGUGUGGAUUUAUUCACAUACCUAUUUAGGAUCUCUGCAGCUCUUUUUGUUGUCUUUUUAAAAUUACUGGCUCAUAAACAUUUGUAUACUGGUUUAUGGAACUUUAUUUACACUCCUCACGCAAAAACAAAAACAAAAAAACCUUUUUACUAUUAAGUAGCUGGAUUUUUUAAAACAAAAUUUGUGGGGUUGAAAAAAUUAGUAGUUGCUCUUCUACAUUGAGGGUUUUCCUUGCAGUUUUGACACGUAGCAGCUUUCCUUUCCUGUGCUGAUAGCUUCUUUGUUCUGGUAUGAGUUGUGAAAAAGAAUUGAAAACAGCCUCCCAUGCAGGUACUUCUAGCCUAAAAUCUCAAGUACUUGGGCAUUGAAUUAGGGCAAGUCUCUUAAAUACAUACAUGUAGUUGAAUUUUAGUCUUUACGGGUAAAUGAGAUUGAGCAUGGCUUUCUAUUCCCACAGCCUAAGAAACACUCUUGGGAAUGCAUUUGGCACUUCAAAGAAACAUCUCACUUAUUCAAAGCCCUAAAGAACACUGGCAAUUAUAUUUUAUAUUAGCUUCAAUUUUUAUGGUAGCUUUAACAAAACACUUUUAUUGUUAAGUUAGGACCCAUGUUAAAACCUAAAAAUAGUCAUUUCCUUUUAUGCCAGUUUUCUCCAUGGAACAGACGGAAUUAAAUUGUGAGUUGCUCCAUUAA